AUGUUUACUGAUGGCUCCAUCAGCUUGAGCUGUCGUGCGCGUCGGAUCAAGUGCGACGAGAAGAAACCAGCAUGUACCCGAUGUGAUCGAAGAGGCAUCGAAUGCCGCCAGGCGGACUUCAUAGUCCACGAUGCGCAGUCCUCACUCCUGCAAGCUCGACGACCCUCGUCAGCAGCUGACCGUCAAGUGCAUACCACGCAACUCCCAGGCCAUGAGCCAGAAUCGACCAACGAUGUGGUCCAGAGAGUCCAGCUCGGCACCUCUUACCAGCCACAAACACCACCACGUACUUCUCCCUGUGACCUUCGUUUGUCGAAGCAGUGCAUCGACUUGGUCCAGAUGUACCAGGAUGGCAUCGGCACGUGGAUGGAUGUGUGUGAUGACACCCUCACGUAUCAGCGCCACGUCGUGCGACUAGCAUUUUCAUCUGAGCUGCUGCUUCAUUCUAUAUGUGCACUAUCAGCCAAGCAAAUGAGCCUCGUGAAGGAGAGAUACUUGUGGGAGCCCGUCGCCGCUGAUCACUACGGUACGAGCCUCAGACUGCUGAUGCGGGAUCUAGAUCGGUCCGACAUGAGCCGCGACGCAACUCUGGCUGCUGCGAUUCUCCUCUGUAGCUACGAGUUGCUAGCAAACCCAGGGACCGACUACAAAAAACACAUGCUUGGUGCACGCACUCUAAUCCAAACCUACAAGGCUAUGAACGGGAGCACUGAUGUUGAGAGGGCAAGCUUCUGGAUCUUCGCACGACAGGAUGUAGCUAUGGCCAUCGCGAAUGAGACUCAAACACUCAUUCAUCCCAGCGAGUGGGAAGCCGCUGUCCAUAAGCUUGGUAGUGGGGAAGAUGCUCUGGGAAACAAGAUGGUGUGGCUGCUUGCUCGUACGGUUCAGCUCAGGUUUACCUCCAAGAGCAGUUCCAACCCAGAACAGUCAGCUCGGGGCGCCAGAGAAAUUUCGUCUGCCAUUGAUCAGUGGUGGUGUGAUCUACCUCCGACGACACACGGAGUCCGUGUUGAAGUGACAUCCGAAGACGGGCUGACGGAAAUAUGGUUCCAUGCCCCUUCCACAGCGGCCGCUAUUCUAUACUACCACAUGGCAAGAAUCCUGCUUCUCGAACUGGAACUCGAAGAUUCCGGAACUUAUGACGAACACAGGCCACUGGGCCCAAAAGAAGGAAAUAUUCAUGAGGAACUUGAGUCUCAUGCCCUGUCCAUUGCAUCCAUAUGCUUGUCACAGCAUGUGUUCGAGGGUGUCCGCCCUGUCGCCGUCAACCCCAUGUUCUACGGCAAGUCAAACCCGCGACACGAUGACAAACUGAGGUUUGAGCCAUACUGA